AUGUCACCCGAAGAUUAUUCUGACAUAUCCUCACCUCUGAGCUCUCCUCCCAGCUCGCCUUUAUCUUCUCCUCCAAGUUCACCCAUUCUACCACCUGGAUGGCAGACCUCUACUCUUACGCCCCCACCUUCGCAACAUGCUGGCGACGACAUGCCCCCUCCACGUAAGCGCAGGAAGAUCGAACCCAAGAUUCGCACCACACAACAUCUAGACCUCACUUCUGACAUUGCGCAAUCUGACUAUGACCGAGUCGAGGCACUGGACACGCUGCUGAAAGCUCUCAGAAAUCGGAGGAAAAUUGUGGUUGUUGCAGGGGCCGGCAUCUCUGUUUCAGCAGGAAUCCCCGACUUCAGAUCAUCCGAUGGCCUUUUCACAAGCUUGCGCGGUGAGCACAAGCUCAAAGGUUCCGGCAAAAUGCUCUUCGAUGCUUCAGUCUACAAAGAUGACCAUUCCACCUCCAGUUUUCACGACAUGGUCCGUAAGCUAUCCAAGCUGUCUGGAAACGCCAAGCCAACUGCUUUCCAUCGCUUCCUUGCCAGGUUGUCCACCGAAGGCCGACUAUUGCGCUUGUAUACUCAGAAUGUAGAUGGUCUGGAAAGCUCGCUGCCACCUCUGGCAACACAAGUCCCCCUAAACCACAAAGCACCCUGGCCACAAACCAUCCAGUUACACGGAGGACUCGAGAAAAUGAUGUGCCAGAAAUGUAGACACAUUUCCGACUUUCAGGCCCAUCUUUUCGAGGGACCGACCCCUCCACUAUGUCCCCAAUGUGUAGCAGCAGAUACACUUCGAACUGCCCACGCUGGCAAAAGGAGCCAUGGGGUUGGAAGACUACGCCCAAGAAUCGUCCUUUACAAUGAGCACAAUCCUGAUGACGAAGCAAUUGGAGCGGUCACCACAGCUGACUUUCGCACCAGACCAGAUGCGGUCGUGGUGGUUGGUACAAGCAUGAAAAUCCCCGCAGUCCGAAGGAUUGUUCAUGAAAUGUGCCAAAUAGUUCGAGAUCGACGGGAGGGGACCACAAUUUGGAUCAACCGAGAUCCUGUGCCUCCAGGCAAAGAUCUCGAAAAUCUGUGGGAUCUGGUUGUGAAGGCCGACAGUGACGAGGUAGCUCGGUUGGCUGGUCUGAGAGAAUGGGACGACGAAAGGCCAGAUGUCAAAGAGAACUACACAGACGCAGACCUUGAAAAGGUCAAAUCUUCUCAAGGCAGUAUUGAAGUGGUUAUUCCGCCAUCACCGAAGAAGGUCGAGAGGCCUGUUCAACGGUUACUUCCUUCUCCAGUACUUUAUACGAUGACUCCACCACGAAGUCAGAAUGGAGACGCUCCUCGGACACCCUCAAAAACGCCUCGAACCCCCAAUGGAUCGCCGUUAAAGAUCAAACUGCACGUCACAUCACGAAGCGAAAAGAUAGACAAAGUGAGGAAGACUCAACUCAAAAAUGCCGCAAGCAAUGGAAGGAAAAUUGCAGAUGUCCUUGGAAAGGAGAAUCAGACUAAAUCCACUCUCAAGUCUAAGACAUCGCUCAACAGGCGACCGAAAGUCACCAAAAUCCGUGCUUCCAACAAUUCCAACAAUCAGACACGAAUUACCGCUACACACAGGAUCACUAAGUCUACGGUGACGAGUGUUAUGGCUCCCAAAAAGCAUUCCCCCGAGCCAUUAUCUCCACGUCGGCAUUCAAAUGAGACGGUUCAUCCCAUUGAGAAGUCUGAAUACUCGAGUGUAGAGGCCAGUCCAGCUCCAGAAACACCUCCAUCUUUACCAGGUCACGACUGGGGUAACCCACACACCGUCUCACCGAGCGGAAGGGUGCCGAGCGACAUGAUCAAGCUCUUAAAUUAA